CUCCAUGGCUCGCUCCAGUACUUGUGUGGAUCUCAUGGGCUAGAUGAGUCAUUUCAAGCGAAGGCUUCCGGACAUCAGAGCUGGUCAGGCUUAAUUAAUUAAGCAAUAGCUUAAUGAAGAAGUAAUUUAAAGAAGGGAGACAGAUAGCUAGUUUAUCUGUGUGUGCUUGUGUGUGUAUGUGAAUGUGCAACACUUUUUCGGAGCUAGAUAGUAACUAGGCUUGGUUUGUUUGUUUUUUUCCAGCGGCGUAACUUAGUCAUGUUGUUUUGAUUCAUUUAAAAAAAGAUCAAAGAGCAAAGAAACAAGAUCAAACAACUGCUUAUGUUAAGUAUUACCGUUAACAGGCAAAUUGAAAAGAUAGAUACAAAAUACAUAAGGUUUCUGUAUUUUUAUCCUGAAUAAGGGUUUAAGAGUUAAGAAAAAAGAAAAGAUACAACAGCAGGUUUUUUUGUUCUGGAGAAAUGUCCGGGCUGUCUUUAAAACCUCAGCAGCAGCAGGGGGAAGAAAAGGACAAUCCGGAUUUGGAGAAGAGGAGCAGACAGGUAGAGCUACCUGGAGAGCAACAUCAGACUGUCUUCGUCAUCCUUGAUUCAUCUGAAUCUCUUAACUUGCUGAGCGUGGAACCACUUUUACCCGAGUCAGGAAUCGUUGCUGACAUCGAGGUGGACAGCAUCCUCACAUCCGAUUCGGACACCUUCUAUCAGCUCAAGAGUCAGCCCAUUACAGUCAGUGGCUCACUUGCCCCCGCUGCUCCUGCUGUGACCCUGAGUACGUCCGCCAUGUCCUCACGGGUGUUGCUGAGGCAGGAGCUGAUGAGGCAGCAGGCGCAGGACCAGGAGAGGAGAGAGGCCCAGCAGCAGGCGUCCAGCGCUCAGCUCAGGCCUCUGGACUCCACUCCCGCCAUCUCCGUCUCGUCCUCUCUGCCCAACGCUCGUCCAACGACCACGCAGGUCCCGGUGGAGAUCCUGAAGGUGCAGACUCACCUGGAAAACCCGACUAAGUAUCACAUCCAGCAGGCACAGAGGCAGCAGGUGAAACAGUACCUCUCUCACACCCUCGGAAACAGAGGGGUCAGUCAGACGCUGGCCGUGUCGCCCUCGCCUCAAUCAGGCUCCGCCCCCGAACUGGCUCCGGCCGCCAGCAGCACUCCCAGCAGCCCACUGGCCGUGCUUAGCCUCGGCUCAAAUAAAGAGGAGAUCGACGGCGUGAUCGAUGACAUCAUCAGCCUGGAGUCGAGUUUAAAUGAUGCCGAGUUCAUGACGCUGAUUGACACCGGCCUGCAGCUGCCCAACACGCUGCCAGUCUCGGGAAAUCUCCUGGAUGUCUACAGCGGUACCGGGAUGACCACGCCCACCAUUACCGUCAGCAACUCCUGUCCGGCAAACCUGCAGAACGUCAAGACCGAGCUGACAGAUGCUGAGGCUAAAGCUAUCAUCAAGGAUCGGCAAAAGAAAGACAAUCACAACCUUAUUGAGAGGCGGAGGAGAUUCAACAUCAAUGACCGCAUCAAGGAACUAGGAGACCUCGUUCCCAAGUCUUGCGACCCUGAGAUGCGCUGGAACAAGGGCACCAUCCUGAAGGCGUCGGUGGAUUACAUCCGCAAGCUACAGAAGGAGCAGCAAAGGGCUAAGGAGAUGGAGCAGAGGCAGAAGAAGCUGGAGCACACCAACCGCGCGCUGCUGCUCCGCAUACAGGAGCUGGAGAUGCAGGCUCGUGUCCACGGCCUCGCUCCGUCUCAGAUUCCAGAAGCCAUCGUCGUUCAGCAGCAGCAGCAGCAGCAGCAACAGCAGCUCACAUCUGUACUGUCCGGCGCUGACCCUGCCCCCAAAACACUCCUCACUCUGGGCGGCCCGCCAUUAAACCACACCCACGUCUCCUCGUUACUCUCCCCUCCCCCUUCCGCCUCUCCAGUGGGCGGGGUCAUGACCGUCCCACUGGACCUGGGAACGCUGACCUUCGGCGAGCUGGACGACCACGCCUCCUCCAUGUUCAGCCCCGGUCUGAUGGCCGGAGAUAUGGGGCUGAGCGAUAUCCUGAUGGACGACGGCGGCGCCGACCCCCUGCUGUCCUCCGUGUCGCCGGGCGCCUCCAAGACCAGCAGUCGCAGGAGCAGCUUCAGCAUGGAAGAGGAUUUGUGAUGAUGGACGUGAACGCAGUUUAACGCUGAUUAGCAGGCUCUGUUAGCCAAAGCGAACGAACACAAGGCCCUCCAGCGCCUCUAUUCCUGCUUGCAAAAACACAACAAAACAAAAAAAUAAAAAAAACUGGCCAAUAGAGGGCGGUGUAUCCUGAGGUCAAUUGUCAAUAUAAUCAUCGUACUGUAAAAGAAAAGAAAAAAAGGAUGAAAAUGAUUCAAAUGCAGCAUGGCUCGUGACUCCUGCGCUGAUGAAGAGACGCGGUCUACAACUUUUACCUCUGAAUUUAAGAGGUAUCUGAGUUUACAAUAAGGAUUGUCGGAGCGGAGAGUUGUUCAGAAGACGACGUAUGAUGCUAGCGGACAUGCGUAGAUUUUAAGCAGACGUUUUAGAAUUUCCUGUCUUUAUCGUUCUGCCUUCGAAGCAGGAGUAGGCAUUUCACACAAACGCAUAUAUCAUGUCCAUAUUUUUUUUUGUUGUUGUUGUUUUGUUUUUUUUAAACAGCACAUACACAGUAUUGGUGAAAGAGCAGGGAUCGCGUUUUUCUGUUUUAUACGCCGCACUGGAUAGUGAGACACGCCCAAGUUCAUUCAUGUCUAUAGAAUAUAACAUAUACAUGGCGCUUCUUAUUUAAAGUCCUGUCUGGACGGGAUGAGUUUUCCAGACCCCGGGUCUGUUUAGUAAGAAGCAUUAAUUCAGCUUAAGAAGUUAGACACGGGAGCGUGUGUGUUAUUGUAGGCACAUUUUCCCAGAUCAACUUACAUCCUAUAAUGCAAGAUGGACUGUUUUGAUGUUUAUCGUAACCACAUGUCCUACGUCCAGUAUGUUUUACAUCAAAUAAUGAACCCCAGGCUGUGUUGGUCGAGUUUUUGGUUUGGAUUCAGGUUUUGGAGUGUCGGUGUAAUUUAGAAAAAACUCAUUUUCUUUCAUAGGAUGUGAUGAAAUCUUUUGCCACAUCAGUUUGUUUGGGAUUUUUCCCCGGGAUUAUUUGUUGAGAUCUAGAGUUUAAAAUGACUGACAUGACAUAUUAGCGUGGGACUAUAGCAAAAAUUGUCAAUGUAUUAAUUUAAUACAUUCACUCAGAGUUUCAGUCUACAUACGAGGGGCGUUCAAGUCAAACCGGGACUUUUGAUUGUACAUUUAACAACUGCUUUUUAAUCCCCUGCUACACUAAUGCACUUAUCCCUGCUUCUCACUAGUGUUUAGACAGCUUUGUCUCUGCGAUCCACUCGCUCGAUGCCACCUCGUCCGGGAUCGACGUGCAACCUUCUUCAAAACUUUUCCACUGUUCAAAUUAUUUUUUUGGGGGGGGGAGGGGGGCAGUUCUGCGGCUAAGUUUUCUCAACAUAAGUCUUGUAUGUUAAUGCUGGUUCAUUCUUCUGCUUAUCAGUGGACAAAUCCCAGUUUGACUUGAACAUCCUUGUGGAAAUCCCCUUACACAGAAUAUUGAUCAACUGGGGGAAAAGAGCACGAACAGAACCUUAUACAGAGUCAUUUUAUUAUUAUUUAAAAUAAAUAAUAAGUAAAGGCAAGGAGAAAUAUUAUAUUAAGCUGUAUAGAUAGAUAGAUAGAUAGAUAGAUAGAUAAAUGAAAUCUUUCUUUUCUUUUUUUUUAAGUAUAGCUAACUCAAUCUACUUUUUAUUUUAUAAUAAAACAACAUAAAUUACUCUGAAGCUGCAUCGGGGAUGAAUGUCAGUUUUGUUCAUUUGAAGAAGAAAAAAAAAAAAACGCAAAAACCAGGACAGAUUUAAAUGUGUGCCGGAUUACAUAAAUGUAUAUGUAUGUAAGGAUUAAAUGUAUAUUUUGUAUAUGCUAAGAAAAUGAGAUCCCGCAUUAAUGAAACAGUUCAGUCAGUCACAGGGUGUACUGGGUGUAAAACAGUAGUGACGCCACCUUGUGGAUUGAAAUUAAAGAUUUGAAUCUAAACAUCGAGAUGAAUGAAUUUCUGUUUGACGUUCAGCGUUUAAGGCUAAGGCGUGACUCGCCUUGUAGGGAGGUGAUCCAGUAAGGAUCCGGCAUCAGUCGUGUUAAUAAUUCCGCGCACAACACCUUUUCACGUAUAACAUAAGCAGAUAGCGUAGAGAUCGUAAUAAUAUACAUUACCUGUACGUCAGCAACCAUCCUGUCCUGAAGUUAAAAAAAGUAAUAAAUCAAUGAAAAUCUCGCUUCAGUCGGAUG